UCAGGGAAGGGGGCGGAAGCUUGCGGCUCAUUCUCUUUAGUGUUUGUCAAUGUUGGAGGUGUGAGCAGCCCGGCCCGGGACAGCCAGAACUUGAGGAUGGCACACGUAAAGGCACAGUCACCAGCACCUGUGUGUGACUCUUCCUUUCCUUCUGCACUAUCCCCAUCUCCCACAAGUGCCAUUCAGAUGAGUCUCCAGUCCUCCCUGAAUGGCUCUGCCACAGAAGUGUCCACGGACAGCCCCAACGAAAGUCUUGUGGAUUCUUCAGCUUCUGUUAAUUCACCUUGCAUGGCUAAUGAAGAAGGUCGAGCCAAAUUCUCAGAAGUGCCUCUCCAUGAAAACAUGACAAACCCCAAAGAGAAAACGCCAAUGUGUUUGGUGAAUGAGUUAGCCCGCUUUAACCGUGUUCAACCCCAAUAUAAACUUCUGGAAGAAAGAGGACCAGCACAUUCCAAGUUAUUUACAGUGCAACUAAUGCUUGGAGAGCAAACAUGGCAAGCUGAAAGCACCAGCAUUAAGAAGGCCCAGCAUGCGGCCGCCAGCUUAGCUUUAUCUGAAACAACGCUCCCGAAACCAGCAGCGAGGCAGACAAAGAACAUCAUAAACAAUAACCCAGGAAGUAUAACCCCAACAGUUGAAUUAAAUGGUCUUGCCAUGAAGAGAGGAGAACCAGCUAUCUACAGACCAUUGGAUCCAAAACCACUUCCGAACCACCGGACAAAUUAUAAUUAUCGGGGAAUGUACAAUCAGAGAUAUCUUUGUCCAGUGCUUAAAACAUUCUAUGUCCAAUUGACCGUGGGAAACAGUGAAUUCUAUGGUGAAGGAAAAACCCGCCAAGCAGCAAGGCACAAUGCAGCACUGAAAGCUCUACAGGCUUUGAAGAACGAGCCUAUACCAGAAAAAUCAGCCAUGAAUGGUGACACACGUAAAGGAAGUGAUGAGGACAAAGAUACAAACAAAUCGGAAAUCAGCCUUGUAUUUGAAAUUUCUCUGAAACGGAACCUUCCUCUUAGCUUUGAGGUGACCAAGGAAAGUGGGCCCCCACACAUGAAAAGUUUUGUUACCAGGGUGACAGUGGGAGAAUUUACAGGUGAAGGAGAAGGGAACAGUAAGAAACUUGCUAAAAGGAGGGCAGCCGCUGCCGUGUUACAGGAACUCCGGAAACUGCCGCCACUUCCUAUCAUAGAGAAACCAAAGUUAUACAUAAAGAGGCGUCCUAAAACAAUAAUUAAGGCUUCCCCCGAAUAUGGACAAGGGAUGAAUCCAAUCAGUCGCCUGGCUCAAAUUCAACAAGCUAAAAAGGAGAAGGAACCAGAAUAUGUACUUCUGUCUGAAAGAGGAAUUCAGCGCAGGAGAGAGUUCAUCAUGCAGGUAAAAGUUGCCAAUGAAACUGCAACUGGAACUGGCCCGAACAAAAAGACCGCCAAGAGAAAUGCAGCUGAAGCCAUGUUGCUGCAGCUUGGUUAUAAAGCCUCCUCUCCUGUUGCUGAGAAACCUGUAAAGCAGACAGGUGAAAGCCAGGCCUGGGAAGAUCAGAAUUCUGGACCUGGGGAUCAGACAAACACUCCGAAGGGAAUUCUCCAUCUAUCUCCUGACGUCUAUCAAGAGAUGGAAGCAAGUCGCAGUAAAACGGUUGCUGCUCCUGGUGUCAACUAUUUGUCAUCCAAAGAACUGAGCCAGCCAUCCAAUUCAUUUUUUAGCACAUCUGUAACUCCGAACUGCACAGCUGCAAUUGCCAGAGAGCUCCUGACGAAUGGAACGUCCCCAACUGCAGAAGCUAUAGGAUUCACAGGGAACAGUUUGGCCAGUCCCAAUUCAACCGUGCAGCCUUCCAAACAGCUUGAGUACCUGGCGGGAAUUCAAGGCUUACAGGUAAAUUACUCUGAUAUACAAAAUGGCAAUGAUUUCUUGACCUGCUUGACUUUGUCACCUAUACAGAUGACUUUCCAAGGCAUUGGAAGCACAGUGGAAGCCAGCCAUGAUCAGGCAGCUUUAAGUGCCUUGAAACAGUUUUCAGAACAAGGACUGGAUGGUGUAGAAGGUUCUCUCAUGACUGAAAAUGGACCCUUUGAACAAGCCAAUCAUCGAGGAGAGAAGACAGACAAUAAGCAGACUAACUCAGGCACCAGCGCUCAGGACUGCAGGGAUUCAAAGGCUGUCGUCUAGGAGUUCUCCUAUAUCUACGGCAGCCACUGCAUCCGUAUAAACCUGUCAACACGCAAUAGGGUGUACGUGUACAAGGAAACAAAUCACUAAUACCAUUAUACAAAGUCUUAUGUGAAGACAACACUAUUCUAGAGCAAGAGAUAUAAUACAUUGUACUGUUUAUACAAAGUGGGGAUGUUAAUUAACUUUAACGCAUCCUCGUGUAAUUUGAGACCACAACUUCAUUUAAUUGCCUUGAGGCAGUAGAAAUCUGAUCUCGCUAGUGCUUCAAGUUAGAAUUUAUUAGUUGAAGUGUUAAGAGAGAUAAAGGUAAACUUUAACCGAUUUAAUGUUGAGAGAAAAACGUGAGGGAAAAAAAACCACGUUGGAUAGAGCUGUAGUGUUUUCGUUUAACCUAUAUUUCUCUUUUUAAUUAUUUUUUUUUAAUUUCUUUUUGUUUUUAGUAAACAUGCUUUGAUAUUUUAAAAUUUAACCAAUGACAGAGCUUACUUAGUGCUUGUGAAAAUUGUAGUCGUUGUCUUCAUAUAUAAUCACAGCUUACCUUUUACAAAGCAAAUUACAGUCAUUUUCACUCUAAAAUACAAUGAGCUUUUAGAAAACAAUCCAGAAUUAACCAUGAAAUCAUGACCGACAUUUGCUUAAACUUUUUAAGUGCCUGAGGAGUUGUGCGAUGCUUAAAUUGACCAUGCACUCGUAGGUCUCCUUUGUCACUCAAAAGGGCCAAAAACGUGAGCUGAUGUUUGUAGCAUUAAGUCACAGUGUAACCUAAGGUAACGGUUCAGUUUAGUUUCCUGCACCCUAUACCUAGUCUGCAGAAAACCUUUAUUAUUUUUUUUCCUGAUCACCAGGCUUUUUGUGUGAAAUACAUUUACACCCAUUGUGUUGUUUUGACUCACAGUUACAUCAACUGAGUGUUUUUAAUAACUGCAUUCUGCGCUAUGACAUCAGCUAGUCCAAAGAAGAAAUGCAUGUAAACUAACAAGAAAAUCAAUUGUAACUGUUUAAUUAAAACAAUGACUGGUUAGAGACUAUGUUUAAUAUAAUAAAGUUAACUUGUUAGGGAGAAACUGUGUACCACCCUGUUUGGAGAUGUUUUCUGGGCAAAUGCAGUAAAACCACAUCAGUUCAUGUUUAAA